AUGGCACCUCCUGGCGACUCAUUCCGCGAUAUCAAAAUGACUGUCGUCCCUCCCACAGACCUCGAUGGCUCCCGAGGACGCACACGUGACCGCAACAUCCCCAACUCCAAGAACCUGCGCCCGGAUGAAUCAAGCACGCUCCGGGGCCGGUCUCGUCGACGAUCAGUCUCUCCCUUCAGCCUUACUUCUCGAACCUCCUCUCCUGCAGUCAAGCCUUCUGCCAACAGACUCAUGCUGCACAACCGCAUGAGGGAGAAGCGCCGCGAGCACUGCCCUUCCAGAUAUGCGUCGCCCGCCAACCAAGACGCCUUUCAACAGCAGCCGCCGCGGAUGAGGAGCCGAAGCCGCGGGCCUCGCGUGGAGCAGGAACUUCAUAGACCUGUCGAUCACCUCUCCAGCCUACGAAACGAGGUGUUCCUUUCGGACGAGGAGACCAACCAUGGCAAGGCCUGCUGA